UUCAAAAUCAUGUCUCAAAGGUGCAAUAAUCGGACACAGUGUGUUGUUGUGGCCGGCUCGGAUGCUUUCCCUGACCCCUGUCCUGGCACUUACAAGUACCUGGAGGUCCAGUAUGACUGUGUACCCUACAAAACAAAGCUUCCACUAACUAAAGUACACCCAGUAAAUAAAGGAAUAAUGUAAUCAUCUAACAACCACCCUUCAAAGUGUUUCCAUUUAUUCUUGUUCACACGUGGAGGGGAAGCACCAUUAAUGUCUGGACUAUGGCUGUCCUCUCUCUGAUUUUUACUUCCUUCAGGGGAAAUACACUUUUCCAAACUGAUCUCUGUGUCUUUUAUCAUUCAACUGAUUCUCUCUGCUCCUUUCUUCAUGUUUCCAUGGCAACCAACUGGGUACCUUGGCCUACCUCAACCACUACUUCUCUCUUUCCUUUUUGUAAUUAAAAAAAAUCCCAGUUCCUGAUUUUUAAGAUAUGCUUUAAAUUGGACCGUUCCAUAUAAAAAAUUGGUGAAAUGCAGAAAAUUUUGGGAGGGUGUGUUUUCUUUUUAAUUUUUUUAAAAAAUUUUGAUUACUAAUUGGAUAUUUUCUAUUAAUUCUUCUGGGAGUUCUUGCAAUUUUUAGAUUGUUCUAUACAUAUGUCAAAUUAUCUUUUUCUAUUAUAUAAUUAAACUAAUAUUAAGCAGACUGUGACAUCUCACUGAAAGUAAACUCUAUGGCACUCUAUUUGCCUUCUUUCCAACCCUUACUUUCAGGAUCACAAAUUUAGUGCUUUUUAGAAAUCAGCUGUUGAACAGAGUAGAGAUGUUCUGUGUAGCCCACUGUCCAUAUUUAGUCUACUACUUCCAUGGAUUGAAAUGUCAGGAACAUGUAGUGAUAUACAUUAAGGGGCACCCCUUUGCACUCAAUCAGAAAAGCAACUUUAACCAGAUAUGUGGAUGAAACUGAGGAUCUAUUCUACUCAUGUUCCAUUUUUCAGUGGGAAUUUUUCUCUGGGCUUCUACAGUUCUUUGGAGAGAAUUUCCAAGCUAAAUUUUCAACUGAGACAUCAUAGUCAUUCCCACCCCAGAUAAUUCAAUGGUCUUGAGGAGCAUUUUCUUAACUGUUUUGCAUGCUCCUCUGUCAAGAUGAUGUGGAAAUCAGGCAAACCCAUAGAAAAUAACUUUUCCCCCCAGAACACAUAUAAAUAAUUUAUUCCAAUUUAUUAACCACUAUGAUGUGGACUUUUUUUAAUUUACUUGCUUACUGGUUUGUUUUGUUUCUUUUAAAAUUCCUGAUCAAUCCUGGGUGAUUUUAUUUGGGUUUUUUCCCUUUCCUUUUCUACCCAUUUUUUAAAAUGAAAGCUGCAGUCAUGAUCAUUGGCUCUGUCUGUUAUUGGUGGAAGAUGGGGGUGCUGCAUGAAAGAAGGGGGUCAGUCAAUGUAUUUUUAAUUUGCAUUUCUUGGCUAGAUCUGGAGGUAAUAUACCUAAUGUAAGUACCAGGAGUCCUAGCUGUAAUUAGCCUGUCCAAACAAGGGACAAGCUGCCAGGUUAGCACUAGGAAUCCAGCAAAUUAAUUUAUUUCCGAGUAUUAAAACUCAAAAGCCAGGCUUGAUUCCACCCAACCCAUGUCUCUCUUCCUUUUAUCUCUCUCUCUCUCUUCCUCCCUCUCUCUCUUUCUCUGUUUAGUUUGUUCUAAAAAAAACCUUCUGAUUUUUUUCCUGCAUUGGUUUGGAAUUUUUUCCCAAGAUUGGGGAUGGAGGCAUAUACUUAUACUUUUCUUUUCCACAGGUUUCCAUGGUUUUGGAUGUGGCUUUUACUGAUUGUUUCCUUCUCUGUUUCUGACAUCUUCUCCCCCUACCCCAGAGCACAGUUAACCCCAUCCCGACUUAGAAGGCUGAGUCGACUCUGCCCCAUCCAUGAGGGAUCGGAACCAGUUAACGCUUUGUGCUGUCCCCCCCUCGCCAGCGCUUCAUUCUUUAAUGUAUUUGUUUGCCCGGGGACGCUGCACAAGAUCCUGGAACCUACCUCGGCCCAUGAGUCAGAACACCAAUCUGGAGCCUGGUGCAAAGACCCUCUGCAAGCUGGAGACCGAAUAUAUGUCAUGCCAUGGAUCCCAUACCGGACAGACACGCUGACCGAGUAUGCUACAUGGGAGGACUAUGUGGGUGGCCGACACACAACGACGUAUCGCCUGCCCAAUCGGGUUGAUGGCACUGGCUUUGUAGUAUACGAUGGUGCAGUCUUUUACAACAAGGAGCGAACACGGAACAUUAUCAAGUAUGAUCUGCGGACACGCAUUAAGAGUGGAGAGACAGUUAUCAACACAGCCAACUACCAUGACACUUCACCCUACCGUUGGGGGGGCAAGACUGACAUUGACUUGGCUGUGGAUGAAAAUGGGCUGUGGGUCAUCUAUGCUACUGAGGGCAACAAUGGACGGUUGGUGGUGAGCCAGCUCAAUCCCUACACACUACGCUUUGAAGGCACAUGGGAAACGGGUUAUGACAAGCGCUCAGCAUCCAAUGCCUUCAUGGUGUGUGGAGUCCUCUAUGUGGUGCGCACAGUGUAUGUGGACGAUGACAGUGAGGCAGCUGGGAACCGUGUUGAUUAUGCCUUCAACACCAACAUGAACCGUGAAGAGCCCAUUUCACUGACCUUCCCCAACCCCUACCAGUUCAUCUCUUCUGUUGACUACAAUCCACGUGACAACCAGCUCUAUGUGUGGAACAACUACUUUGUCCUGCGCUACGCACUUGAGUUCGGCCCACCUGAUCCUAGCACUGGCCCAGUCACUUCCACACCAAUCAGCACUACAACCACUAUUCGCCCCACUACAGUCACCAGCACAAUCUCACCUGCCGCUACGACCACAGCUCGCCAGGCACCUCUCACCACCCACCCUAUUGGUGCCAUAAACCAGAAGGGAACAGAGCUACACCCAGUCACUGCCUUAGUACCCAGCACCCGCCGCCCACCAGCAAACAAUCAGCAUAUUUCUCCAGAGCUUUUUUGUGAGGCCAAGGAGGUGCGACGUGUCCAGUGGCCUGCCACUCAACAAGGCAUGCUGGUUGAAAGGCCUUGCCCUAAGGGCACACGAGGCAUCGCUUCCUUCCUGUGUCUUGCUUCCCUUGGAAUCUGGAACCCACGGGGUCCUGACCUUAGCAAUUGCACAAGUCCAUGGGUCAAUCAGGUGGCUCAGAAGAUCAAGAGUGGAGAGAAUGCAGCCAAUAUUGCCAGUGAGCUGGCCCGCCAUACUCGAGGUGCCAUCUAUGCUGGAGAUGUCAGCUCCUCUGUCAAACUAAUGGAACAACUCUUGGACAUUCUGGAUGCCCAGCUUCAGGCCCUGCGCCCCAUUGAGAGAGAGUCAGCUGGCAAGAACUACAAUAAGAUGCACAAGAGAGAAAGGACAUGUAAAGACUAUAUUAAGGCUGUAGUGGAGACAGUGGACAAUCUUCUGCGCCCUGAAGCACUAGAAUCAUGGAAGGACAUGAAUGCGACGGAGCAGGUGCACACAGCCACAAUGCUGCUUGACAUCUUGGAGGAGGGGGCCUUCUUACUGGCUGACAACGUCAAAGAGCCCGCCCGCUUUGUUGCAGCCAAAGAUAAUGUGGUGCUUGAGGUGUCCGUGCUGAAUACAGAGGGCCAAGUGCCAGAACUUAUUUUUCCACAUGAUUAUACUACCAGAAACUCCAUCCAGUUGUCAGCGAAUACUAUCAAGCAAAACAGUCGUAAUGGGGUAGUCAAGGUUGUCUUCAUUCUCUACAACAAUUUGGGUUUUUUCCUCUCUACUGAGAAUGCCACAAUCAAGCUGGGCAGUGAGGUUGGUCAGCAUAGCCCCUCGCUUGUCGUCAACUCACAAGUAAUUGCUGCCUCCAUCAACAAGGAAUCUAGCCGUGUCUUCCUAAUGGACCCUGUCAUCUUCACCCUUUCUCACCUGGAGGACAAGAACCACUUCAAUGCUAAUUGUUCUUUCUGGAACUACUCGGAGCGCUCCAUGAUGGGUUAUUGGUCCACGCAGGGCUGCCGUCUGGUGGAGACAAACAAGACCCACACCACUUGUGCGUGCAGCCAUCUCACCAACUUUGCUGUGCUCAUGGCACAUCAUGAAAUUUACCAGGGCCGCAUCAAUGAACUGCUGCUGUCUGUCAUCACAUGGGUAGGCAUUGUGAUUUCCUUAGUCUGCUUGGCCAUUUGUAUCUCCACCUUCUGCUUCCUGCGUGGACUGCAAACUGACCGCAACACCAUCCACAAGAACCUCUGCAUCAAUCUCUUCAUCACUGAGCUGCUUUUUCUCAUUGGCAUUGAUAAGACUCAGUAUGAGAUUGCGUGCGCUGUCUUUGCGGGGCUGCUGCACUACUUUUUCCUUGCUGCAUUCUCCUGGAUGUGCCUAGAAGGCAUCCACCUUUACCUCAUGCUGCUUGAGGUCUUUGAGAGCGAGUACUCCCGCAAGAAGUACUACUACUUGGGUGGCUAUUGCUUCCCUGCCCUUGUAGUGGGUAUUGCUGCCGCCAUUGACUACCGCAGCUAUGGCACCGACAAAGCAUGCUGGCUUCGAGUUGAUAACUACUUCAUCUGGAGCUUUAUUGGGCCUGUCUCUUUUGUUAUUGUGAUCAACCUGGUGUUCCUCAUGAUUACUCUGCACAAGAUGAUCCGCAAUACAUCUGUCCUCAAGCCUGAUUCCAGUCGCCUGGAUAACAUCAAGUCUUGGGCACUUGGGGCCAUCACUCUCCUUUUCCUCCUGGGCCUCACCUGGGCAUUUGGCCUCCUGUUCAUCAACAAGGAGUCUAUUGUCAUGGCCUAUCUCUUCACUACCUUCAAUGCUUUCCAGGGCAUGUUCAUCUUCGUGUUCCAUUGUGCACUGCAAAAAAAGGUUCACCGGGAAUUUAGCAAAUGUCUGCGACAUGCAUCUUGCUGCUUACGAAGUCCACCAGGGGCUACUCUAGGCUCCCUUAAGACCUCAGCCAUCCGCAGCAACAACCGUUACUACACUGGUACCCAGAGCCGGAUCCGGAGAAUGUGGAAUGAUACUGUAAGAAAACAAACUGAGUCCAGCUUCAUGGCAGGUGACCUCAACAGUACUCCUACCCUUAAUCGAGGUACAAUGGGGAACCACCUGCUGACCAACCCCGUGCUGCAGACACGGGGCGGGACCAGUCCCUACAACACACUCAUUGCUGAGUCUGUGGGCUUCAAUCCUGCCUCUCCCCCUGUGUUCAACUCCCCAGGGAGCUUCCGAGAGUCCAAGCACCCUCUGAACAACAGCCGAGACGCCUGUGGCAUGGACACCCUCCCGCUCAAUGGCAACUUCAAUAACAGCUACUCCCUCCGCAGUGGUGACUUCCCAGCUGAUGGCACAAAGAUGGCUGAUUGCCGACGCAACCUGAGUGAUGCUGCCGCCUUUGAAAAAAUGAUCAUUUCUGAGUUGGUUCAUAACAACUUGAGGGGAGGAGGAAGUGGUAUGGUUAAGGGAGGUGGGGUUUCCACAGAGCUCCCCAACCCCCCUGCACCACCUCCCCCUCCCAAUGUAGCAGCAGGGGGAGGGAGUGCCAACAGCGAGGAUGACGCCAUUGUGCCUGAUGCCCCUUCUUUGACACAUGAGGAGAACAUGGAAAUUGAACUUAUGUAUAAGGCCUUAGAGGAGCCGCUCUUACUUCAGAGGGCACAGUCCAUCCUCUAUCAGAGCGACUUGGAGGAGUCGGAGAGCUGCACAGCUGACCUGACAGAGGGGGGUGAUGGCCAAGCCCCUUCACCCAAUAGGGACUCUUUAUACACCAGUAUGACCAACCUGAGGGACUCCCCAUACCCGGACAGCAGCCCCGAGGCGGUUGGGGAAGUGCUCCCUCACGCCCAAGCCAUCAAUGAAAUCUACUACACCAACCGGCCAGCCUUGGUGCCACGCAACCAGCUUCAGGCCUACUAUCAAGUCCGGAGACCCAGCAAUGAUGGCUACUUGGUCCCAGGAAGCUUAGAAGGCCCAGCAGUGGAGGGAGAUGGCCAAAUGCAGCUGGUGACCAGUCUCUGAGGGGCCAAAAAGGGACUGAGGGACCAUACCUUCCCUAACCCCAAAUGGCAUCCUUGCCGUGACCGGAACAUUUUCAUUUUUUCCUGGAGGAAAGGGUGGGGGAAGAAAAGAAUGGAGCAGGGCUGGAGAAUGAAUGGAGGAGACAAAUGGAAGAAAGAGCUAAGUGUAGUGGAAUCCUUUUCCAAGGCAGGGCAGCCAUUUUGUCCUGCUUUCUUUCCAUCUGAUUAGUUUUCCAAACAGGAAGUGGCACAUUACCUAGUAGGUUGUGUCAAGCAAAUGCAGUGGAGGAAAGAGCAGCGUGUGCAGGCAAAGGGAUCAGACUUAUUUUAACAAUACCUCCUAGAAAAAGGGACAGUGGGGGAAUAGUAAAUUGAAAGAAGAAAAAAUUAAAUAAUUAUGAGUUGGAUUUGGGAUUUUGCCUUUUUUUGAAGGUAUGUGGGGGGGUUGUUUUUGCUUUUUUGGAAGUGACAAAAAUCAAAGCCAUGAGGGUAUGAUCUGCAGAGAAUGGGACACCUAGGGAAAUGUCCUGCUUCCUGGCACAGUGCUCAUUCUCUGCCCUCCCUUUCCAACAACUUUGUUGAAAGACAGGCCUAUUUUUCAGAAUAGUACAAGGGAUAAAGGGGCCUUAUGGCACUUGGCCUGGUUUGGGUAUAGAUGCAACUGUUGCCAAAAAUAUUAAGAGAAAUAAGGGGGAAGUGGAGGGGGGCGGGAGAGGAAGGUGUUGGUCAGGUGAUGCUCAGCCCAGAAGUUGCUUUUCAGUAUUUGUUGACUGCCACAAUUUAUCAGUAGGACUUUGCAUUUAGUUCUUUCUUUGAAGCUGGUAGGAUGACAGGAAAAUUUUCCUUUGUUUGAAAAGAGCCCACAUAGGAAUGCUUGCCAUGCACCACCAUUUCUGGGGAAAGGAAGAAGUAGCGUUGAGGUGGCUAUUUUUAGAUUUGAUUUGAUUUUUGUGGCUACAUUGGGCAGCCAUUCCCUUCAUUACUGCUUUGGUGUGGUAACCAGGCUUGAAAUAAAAUUGCACAGAAUCAAGAUGAUAGGGAGGGAGAGGCACUUCUUCCUUUGUUGUCUAUUUAACUCCGUUCCCUCAGCCUGCCUGCCCGCCCCCCACUGAAUUCCUGCUCCAACGUUAAGCUGUGAUGCAAGAAGAAUUAUCUGUCCUCCUUUCUGUUUCAUUCCUGCCUACAAAGAAACAAAAGCCAAGAGUACCUGCAAUGCAAACAUGGCUGCCGUCCAAACCCAUUCGGGACUAGAUGGGGGAGGGGGAGUAGGAGUGUUGAAACGUGAACUCUUUUUUUUUUUCAAACUGGAUGGAUUGUCCUUCAGCAAAAUGACAUAAAGGGGAAAAAAAACAGCAAGAGAAACAAUAACCCAGACUGCACUCCCCCCCCCCCCCCCAGGAAAAAUGAAACAACAGAUCUCCCUCUUCAAGCACAACUCCGACUUUUCUCACCGACUCUUUUCCCGAGAGAGUUGGGGAAGCAACCAAGUCUCACCUGGAGGCAUCAUAUCUCUGGGGCGGGCGGUGGGCGGGGUUGGGAAGGGGGGGAUGUGAUACCAAUUGAAAUGCUGUAAAUAUGAAAUUCUAAAAACAACAAAAAAGAAUUGAUUUUACUCACUUGAAAAAGGAAAAAACAAGGAACUUUUAUGUCUGGGUUUUAAAUAUAUCUAUAUUUAUGUAAUAUAUAUAUAUAGAUAUAUGGCACUCAGCUCUGCUCUAGCUCCAUGUGUGGUAUAGGAGCCUGAAAGGGAAAAGAAAAUCCCUGCUGUGACGUCGAUGGGGAAACCCACUUAGAGCAGAUUUUUACAAUCAAAAAGAAAAAAAAGGAAAAAAAACAUUUUGGCACAAUUUUUAUGUAAUAUAUAACAUAUACGGCAUCAUUUCUGUGACCUUGAAGCAUUUCCCCUUUCCUGCUGGAUGAGGUAUCUUUUUCAUACAUCUCUACAUGAAGUUGAUUAUUUUCUCAUUCGCUGCCACUGUGGAAUUGUGGGUGGAAAAAAAAAUAUCAAAAACCAUUUUUACUGCAAGACCCAAAGAUACUGUAAUUCUAAAAUGCUGUAGGUCCCAGGAAAAUCCUUUGUUUUUAGGAACUGGCGGGUGGGGGAGACAGAAUGUUAUAUCAUUUCAUUUAAAAACAAACAUGCAUAUCAUUUGUACUUGUUUGAAAUCUUUAGGUUAGUAGUGGCCUGGCCACAUUGCGUUGAUAAGGGAAGUGGUAUGUGGUUUUGCUACUUGCCACCUCAAAGUGUUAAGUUUUCUUGCAUUUGUUCUGUUUGUAUCCCCCACCCCCACCCCUUUACUAGUAGCAUUCUGGGAGAAUGUUAGAUGUAGAGGUUAACAUUUGAGGGGAGCUCCGUGGACUAGGCAGAGCCUUUCUUUCUGUACCAUAUUGUAGAUGGAAGGAAGAGUCAUCAGCAAUCCUUUAUUACCUAUUGAUAUCUCUUACCCCAGUGUCACUGCUGAGAGCCAAUAAAAUCCUGAAACUGCCCUGACAAUGGCAAUGCAAGCCACACCUCCUUUACAUCAAGAGUUAGUUCUGCCCCUGAAUCAGUAGAACAGUAGGAGACUGUUCAUGGUUCCCUUGUGCUGUCAGUGGGCUUGUCCUGUCCUGUUUGUGUGUGUUUCCUUCCUUUCCUGUUUAUUUAGUUGUUUUUGGUAAACAGGAGCUGGUCAUAUACUCAUAUUGGCCUUUUCUUCUCUGCCAAGAUGGAGGCUAGAAGUUCAUUUGUGGCUGUUGAGGAGAUAACCCAAACGGCAUCAGAAAACAGAACCUGACCUCUCAAUUCUUAGAGCCUAAAAAUACACAUAGGUCAACAUAUUCAGACUUUUCUACCUAGAGACAUUUAUUUUAAAAAUUUCCAUCCCUCAGUGCAUUCAGAUUUUUUGUUCGGAAGACAAUAGAAUUGGCAUCCUGUAAUAGUGUUCAGACAUCUUUUGUUUUACAGGUGAGAUAAAGUGGAGGAUUUUUGCUGAUGGAGGGGCAGUUUUCAUCAAUUCCCCUCAUUAUGCUGCUCCAAGGGAGCCCUCAUCUCCAGGAGUGACCUGGGGCAGGAGUGAGGAAUGGGACUUUAACUCUAUAUUUGGGGCCUUUCUCCCAAGAACACAAAGGUUUGGAGUGCUUUUUUUUUACAACCUUUUGUUGAAUUACUCAUUGAACAAAUAUUAGUUAGCUUGGGACUCCUACAACAUCUAUUUACACAAACUUCGGAUGUGAGGGUGAUCUGGAUGCGACAUCUGUCACCCCAUUGAUCGCCAGGGUUGAUUCGGCUGAUCUGGCUGGCUGGGCGGGUGUCUCCUACCUCCCUCACAGCUCCAUGUGCGUCCCUCCCAAAGCUGUGCACUCAGUAGAAGAGGACGUCCAUUCCAGAUAGAAGGAGUGUACUGUUCUUCGGUCAAGGAUAUAAACAAACUUCUUUCUGCCACUGCUUUGACCUUAGUUCAAAACAAAUUCAUUUACAUUCUUGGGGGCAUACCUUCUCCCAGUGAAGGGACUAGGUCCCAAGUCUCUAUUCCAUCACCAUAGUAGUUCCUUUUAGUCCCUUCCCAAUACCAAAUGGCCUUAUUCACCCCACUUUCAUUUGCUGCAUUGGCCCAAGGAAGGUCCUGUGUUCAGGAAGCUCCUUGGCAUUAUUACGAAGAGGUACCUCCAUCUGGAAACCUCAUGCUCAAAAACCAAAGACAUAUUUGCCCUCUUGGAGAGAAGCUAAGGAGGUUGAGUGUUUAGCAGUCCAACCUUAAGGCGUGGCAUUCUCUAGUCUCCUAGUAGGUGUAAGUAGUCCACACUUGAGUUUUGAUUUUAACAUUAACCAGUAAUAAGUCAACAUGUUGAUGAGGUGAAAUCAGUGUUGCUGCCUCUUCUGACAAGGGACAUGUGAAAAGGGGUGGCUGUUUUGAAAUAAAAGUUGUGCAAACAGGUGCUUAAUAACCAAAUUUUGGGAGCAACCCAGAUGUUCCCACUUAAGGCUGCCAACUUUGAGAUGAGAAAUUCCUGGAGAUUUGGAGGCAGAACUUGGGGACAGGAGGGAGCUCAGCAGCCAGGCGGUGCCAUAGAACCCACCUCUGCUGCCAUUUUCUCCAAGAGAAGUGACCUCUGUAGUCUGGAAAUCAUUUGUAACUCCAGGAAACCUAAAGCCCCUACCUGGAGGUUUGGCAAGCCUAUCAGCUUGCUAUGGAGAAGGGGAAACAAACAUGGGAAAGCAAUACCAACUAAGGGACGUGUCUGGGCAUUUGCAAGCUUGAGACUCCUUGUACUAUAGUUUAUCUUAGUGUAAAGUGGCUGCCACUUGAAACAAAGCCGCAUAGGCAUAACCACCAGAAUAGCUCAGAUCGCAGAAGCAUGCUCAUUUGCAAGCACACAUGCCGGUUGCAGUGUGAAAGGAAUGUGUCCUAAAUAUUUUCCCUCCUGCUUUUUAUCUGUGACUCCUCCCCUUGAUAAGCAAACCCGCUUCAGAACUCAGAAUAGGUGCCCAGCCCCAUUCUGAAAAAGUUUAUGCUUGCAGGAUUCACCUCCCACUUUCAGAGUUAGUAAAAUAUGGCUGAUGAUUCAGUUGUGACCAGUGCUCUUCCCAUCCUUAGUCUGUGCCAUCAUUAUCUUGAGGAGCUGCUUUCACUUUUCAUUCCCCACACCAUUCAUAAUUUUAUAAACUUCUUAAUCUAACAGCCUGUCAUCUUGUAGUGCUUUGCUGGAAAGCUGCUCCAAUGUCUAAGCCAUGUUAGCUGUCCUCUUCUAAAUCUCUUUUUUACACCCUCCACAGGAUGAGAGCAGCCAGAACUGCAUGUUGUAUUCUUACUGUGGAUGCACCAUAGAGUUAUAUAAUGGCACUGUAAUACUUGUAGUUUUAUUUUCAUUCUGUCUUCACACUGAUUUUUUUUCCCCUUCCAAUUUAUAGGGCAUCACUGAAUUUUCUAUAAUGACCCUGGUAUCUUAUUCCUAGGCAGUUCUCUAGCCAUUAAGCAAUUGCUGAGUUUCAAUGACUAGUUUGACUUCUCCUCCUAUCUGUCAGUAUAACAGAAUCCUUCAAAUCACAGAUGAAUAAAAUGUCCCAUGAACUAGUGGAUACAAGUUUCUCCUAGUUUUUCCCCCCUGGGUCACAGUACAGGUGUUCCCAUCCCAGUCCAGCAGCAGGCUUUUGUCAAGUGCUUGAACCCAGAUGGAUUGUUUACAAUAUUUAUGGCAUUGCCAUCGCAGCAGGGGAGAGUGUCUAGUCUUAAUCCUGCAUGGGCAGAUUGAAUACCGCCGUAUCUUUGUACAGACUUUAUCACUAUAGUCCUGUCUAUUGUGUUUUAUAUCAUUGACACCAGAAGGGGGGGGGGAGAGAAAUACAUGAAAUAGUGGAGGACAGGCAGCAAAUGACCCCUCUGCAACAUCCCUCCAUUUUUGUGGUGCAAGGAGUGAAAACUUCCCCCUUGGAAAAGCGCCUGUGCUUCACAAUUAAUGCCUCUUGCUGUUUUGGGCUCAGCCAGCACCCUCUUGUUGCAGCCCUAUUAUCUGUGUCCUCUGAACUUCAGUUCUCUAUGUGUUCUCCUACAGAGGCUACUUUUUCAUCAAAGACUUAUGCAAAUCCAUUGACUCAUUUCAGCUUCUCAAGAAUAAUUCACUAUCAUUGAUGUGAUUCAGACAGACAGCAGAUCAGGCCAAAUUCUCUAGCUAUAAGGCUUGACUAAUAUGGAACAUACAGGGCAACAUUUAAAACAAUGAUAUAGCCUUGGUGUUUCCUGUCCUUCUGAAGAUGGUUGGGAGGAUAUACUAUAUGCCUCCCCAACUACACUGCAGCCAAUUCAUUCCAAUCACCUCUUUCUUCUCUAGAAAUGGCUUUCUACAAGCUGACAUGAGGGGUAUUUAUGCAUAAGCUAGUUCAGGACCUCACUACCUCUAGAACAACAUUAGAAGUCAGAAUCUGCUUCUCUUAAAGCUACUUUAAGUUUAAGUAUCUGGAGCAGAGGCACAGAUGCCCUGUUCCCUCAGUGCAGGAGUGAAACAUACUCCCUCCUCUGACAGAAAUUCUCAGGCUGCCUCUGAACUCCUAGUAUGGGGAGAAUGGUUGGGUCUUUUGCAAAAUCUGUGCAAGGACAUAUAUAAAGCCUGAAUCAACAACCAGCAGCUAUCAAAUGUGGAGAACCAUCUGUCCUCCCUACAUAACAUAUUCUACAUGCUCAAUGUUGUGGGGCCUUCCUAUUUAAAGGAGUCCAUUUUCCCAUAACUUAGGAACAUCUCCUGUUAACCAAGUCUGCCAUGUAGGGCUCUUUAUACCAGCAGAUCCUCACUCUUUACAGGUUGUUGUAGUGGCCCUUGAUUGGGCCUCCCACUUCUGGACACAGUGGUACUACUGGGGGUGGUGAUAACAACAUCUAGAAGGCUACGUGGCAGCAACUGGUAGACCUUAAUGCCAUUGCCAACUCUUUAUCACCAGAUAGUUACAGUAAAGAUAUGAGCACCACUACAUGAGGCAUUACAGACACAUGAAAUGGAUGCCAAAAUCGGAAGUUAAUGGCAAUGCAAGAAAUGAUAGCAAAUAGUGUAGAGCUCCAGGCUGGUUGCCUGUUUGGUCCACACUGUACCUUUGAAGCUUCCUGCCCCCCCCCCCCCAUCCUCUGCCAUGCACACACACAAAGCCCUAGUUUCCGUUGUCAUUCCCAGCUCCAUUAUCCUCCAGGUUUGCCAGUGAAGCUGUGCCUUUUGAAUGGCAGUGAGAAAGCUUGCAUCCAAGAAUACAGGGCCUACUGGGAAGGUUUGUGCUUCAUUCUCUUCUUUGGUCCCUCUAUGUCCCUUUCUACAGGUUGGUGCUGAUCCAUUUCUAUGUCCACACCAUUGCUUUUGUCCACUUUGCCUUUUGCAUUUCUCUUUCUGUUCCCUUCCUUUCAACAUGCCAAACCAAUUUUGGGUCGAGUGCAUUAAACAGAAAAAAUAUAAUAAUGAAAAUUUAAAAAAUAUUUAAAAAAUGGAAACUUGUUGAGUUACAAAAAAAUAAAACAAUAAAGAAAAUAUGAUUUCUUGGAA